AUGCUGUCCGAUAGCGAGUCAGAGGGCGAAAAUCUACAGCAGCUCACUAUUAAUGAACAUUUUGCCAAGGCUUACGCACGCAAGAAGGAGCGUGAGGAGUUGGCUAAGCUGAAAGAGAAAUACGGCUCUGAUGCAGAAGAAGGAGACGAAGAAAGCGAGGACUCGGAGGAUACGGAUGAAGAUGAGGAUGGCGAAGAGUUGACACCAGCUGUGGACGCUGCUAUUCUACGCACGCUUGCUCGAAUAAAGCGAAGGGACCCAGGCAUAUAUGACGCACAGAAGGACGUGUUUGAAGAGGAACAGCAAAGAACGAAGGGCUCGUUCUCGUUUCAAGCGAAGGAUAAAGACAGGAGAAAACCCCUCCUUCUUCGUCAACACAUUCUCAACUCAAACCUGAAGACGACCUCCCGCUCCCCAUCACCUGUUCCCGAUGGACCAACUCAUGCCGAAGAACAAGCUACCCUACGCAAAGAGACAAUAACCGUAUUCCAUACAGCCGUUCCAGACGAUGUGGCAAGCGAAGAUGAGGACGACAUUCUCAUUCCGCGGGAGAAGACCAAGGAUGAGAUCGAGCAGGAACAGGAGGAAUACCGGUCUUUCUUGGCGCGAGAGGUGGGUGAGGAUAUCGGUGGACUGGUGACAGUUGAGUCAACUGGGCCCGCUCUGGAAGAUGGUGAGGAGGAGAAAGAGAGGGAUAGUAAACAAGAGGAAAACAGCGAGAAAAAGAAAAAGAAAAAGAGGAAAGGGAAGGACAAGAAGUCGAAAGAGGAAGCUGAUCAUGAGUUCUUGAUGAACUAUAUACUAAACCGUGGAUGGAUUGACAAGUCCGCACGACACGUCCCGACAUUCGACGAAGUGACUGGCUCCAAGGUCAAGAAAAGGAGCAAGACCUCCAAUGACGAAGACGCCGAGGAAGUGGGACACGUCGAUAUUGUAGGAGGUGAAGGUAGAAAUGACUCGGAUGGCGAAGAGGAAGAGUUCGACGAAGAGGAGUUCGACGACGUCGCUGAUACGUUUGAAAGCUCUUACAACUUCCGUUUUGAGGAACCGGACGCUGCAACUAUUCCAACCCAUCCUCGCGAAAUCUCCUCAACCGUACGGCGGGAGGAGAACCCAAGGAAGGCACAGCGUGAGCGGAGGAAAGAACGGAAGGAGGAGAAACUAGUGCAGAAGAGAGAGGAGGUGAAGCGCUUGAAAGCAUUGAAGAUGAAGGAGAUUCGUGAGAAACUCGAGAGAAUUGGAAGAGAGGGAGGCAAGGAUGCAGAUGAUGAAGCUUUGGCUCAGCUUGACCUGGAGGGUGACUGGGAUCCCGAAGCGCAUGAUAAACAGAUGACCGGAAUUUACGGCGAGGAUGACGGCGAUGACGGUGGAGAAGUUGACCUCGAGAAACCAACAUGGGACGACAACAUCGACAUUACAGACAUCGUUCCCGCACAACCUGAAGCAGGGCCUUCAUCUUUAUCUUCGACCUCUAAGAAUAAGAAUAAGAAGAAGGAUAAGAAUAAGAAAUCCAAAGCUCAAGAUGGCGAUUACGCGGAGGACGGAGGCGUCGACAUCGACGAGAUGGAUGCAGACUUUAUUAACACCAACCUUACCUCAAACUCGAAGGUUAACCCUAAAGAGCUUGACGAAGCAAUGGACGACGUCUACGGUCUCGAAUUCAACGACAUGGUCGGCGACAUACCCACUCGAUUCAAAUAUACACCCGUCUUACCACAAACCUACGGCCUGAGUCCCAUAGAAAUCCUACUCGCGGAUGAUGCAGAGUUAAACAACCUUGUGGGGCUGAAGAAGCUCGCGCCGUACCGGAGGGAUCGUGGACGCACGUGGGAUCCGAGACGUGGGGAGAAGUUGAAGGAGUUUAGGAAGGGUCUUUCGCAGAAACGUGGGAGUGCGUUUGAGUCUGGGACUGUAACUGGGGCGAAUGGGAUAGGUGUUGCUCUUGAGGAAGAAGGAAGGAGUACGAAGAAACGGAAGGGUAAGAAGGAAAGAGAAAAGGCUCGGUUCGCUGGUGCGGUCAUGAUGGAGGAUGGUCCUACUGCAUCGAAUGUUGAUGGUCCGGAUGCCGGAAAUGAGGGGAAUGAUGGUGGAGGGCAAGAGGAAGUAGGUGAACCACCUGCGAAGAAACGAAAACGGAGGCAUAAGAGUUCUGCGAAAAAUGUCGAAAGUUGAUGCUUGAGCUCCGCAUUCUCGAAAUUGGAUUGCUUGAUAAUUAGGGAUCUCUAUCAG